ACCUCAAAUACCUUACCUUCUACCAUACCCCUCGCACACCCUCGUCAUAGUAACCGAGAAUACUUUGUGUGAAGCGAAGGACAUCUCAACAGCUGUGAACAACGACUUGUGUACUUACUCUUGACCAAUCAAAAUGGCCACCAUAUCAGCCGAAGCUGUUCCCAAGCUCAAAUCCCAAAUCGAAGAACUUACAUCUGACCCGGCAGGUGCUCCAGGCGUGGUCUUCAUCGCCGUCAACAAGGAAGGCCAAUCGAUUUUCGAACAUGCCUCAGGUAAAGUUGGCGUCGGCAAGAGCCAGUCAAUGACCAUGGACAACGUCUUCUGGAUCGCCAGUUGUACCAAAAUGAUUACUGGGAUUGCGUGUAUGCAGCUUGUCGAGCAGGGCAAACUGGCAUUAGACGACUCGGACUUGGUCGAGAAACUUGCACCGGAAUUGAAAGCAGUGCAAGUCUGGCAAGACGGCAAACUGGUGCCCAAGAAGAGAAGCAUCACUUUGCGCAUGUUGCUCUCACACACAGCCGGUUUCGGCUACGCCUUCUUCGACGACCGCCUGAACGACUGGGCCGGCCCCUUGGGUCUUGACGAGUUCUCCGGCUCGUACCACGACUACCUCACCCAACCGCUCGUCAAUCAGCCAGGCGAGGCAUGGGAAUACGGCGUCAACAUCGACUGGGCAGGCCAACUUGUAGAACGCGCCUCCGGACUCAAAUUGAACGAUUUUUUCCUCCAACACAUUUUCAAGGCCAUGGGUUUAAGUCAUAUCACCAUGUUCCCCACGGAUGAAAUGAAGAGUCAGCUCGCGUACAUGAACUCCCGCGCUCCGGACGGGAAGUUGAGUCUGAACAAGGAUGGGCAUCUGAAUCGACGGCCGCUGUACGCUACUACGCAGCAGGAGAUUGAGGCGACGUUCCAUGCUGGUGGGGCGGGGUGUUUCGCUAAACCUACGGAUUAUGCCCAGAUUAUUGCCAUGUUGUUGAAUGAUGGGGUGCAUGCGCCGACGGGAAAGAGGAUACUGAAGAAGGAGACUGUUGAUUUGAUGUUUACGAAUCAGAUUCCCGAUAUGCCGAACUUUGGGCGCCAGCCGAUCAAUCCGCCCAAACCACACCUUGCCAACGCCCUGGCCGAGCUGUAUCCUGAGCCGCACGACAUUCCACAGGGUUGGGGUCUGACGUUCUUCCUGCAUUUGAAAGAUUCGGCUGUUCAUAGCGAAGGAACGGGGUGGUGGGCCGGUCUCCCAAACUUGUUUUGGUACGCUGAUCGGAAGAGGGGGAUUGGAGGCAUGAUAGCCUCGCAGAUCAUUCCAUUCGGUGAUCUCAAGAUAUUGGGACUUUGGGCGAACAUUGAAGCUGGAUUGAACCAGAGUCUUGAGACUAAGUAAUCCGACCGUGCGCACAAGAAGAGAAGAAAGGACUGAAGGAGCUGACUGGAAGGAAAGUGAUGCCAUGAUAGGGUUUGUUGGGAGGAAAGGUCGGCUAUGAGUACUUUUUAGUGCUGGUCUCUUAGUAGCUUAGCCAGCAGCAUUGUAAGAUGAUGAGUAUCACUGGUGCGGGCUGCAAAUAAGUCCGAUCGCAUCUCAAGGCUUCUAUUUUCUGUCUGUAGAAUGGUGGUGCCCGC